UCCUCCACCCAUUGUAUCAGAGAAUCAUCAAUUGCUUCAAACACAAAAAAAUCAGUUCGUACGUCCCUCUUGAUCCCCCUCAUAGCACACGCGCACGCUCUGUCCAGAAGGGGAAACCGCGUGUAUGUCGGCCCUAGCUCAGAAAGAUGAUCUCCCAAUACACGUUUCUCAAGAAUCAGAGCAACUACCGGUGCAGACUUCGGACGGCAUGUUGAAGGUCAAAACAAGAGAAAUUAAUGGAUGCGAGAAUCAAGAUACCUUCCGGCACUCGUGGGAUGUCAUGGCAGUGUUUUUCGCGUUGCUACUGCUGUCACUCAUGUCUUCUAUCGAUGCCACUAUUGUAACAACAGCCCUUCCCACAAUUGCUCGAGAAUUCGGUAAUGGUCAAGAUUAUAUCUGGGUCAUUAAUGGAUUUUUAUUUGGAUCCACUGCGACACAACCACUUUUUGCACAGGUAUCUAAUAUCUUCGGUCGUCGAAAUCCGAUGAUUCUUGCUCUGUUUCUCUUCGCAUUAGGCAGUGGAGUCGCUGGCGGUGCACAUAACUCAGAGACACUGAUCACCGCUCGUACAAUCCAAGGCUUGGGUACGAGUGGUUUGUAUGUCUUAGCCGAUAUUAUUCUCUGCGAUAUCAUUCCACCACGGCAUCGAGGGCCUUACUUAAACGGUGUACUCUCAAUGGCUGCCGUCGGCUCGACAGUGGCUCCUGUUAUUGGGGGCAUUCUGGCGCAGAAAAAUUGGCGAUGGGUUUUUUGGAUAAAUCUACCUGUGUCGGCUGUUGGACUCGUGAUUAUCCUACUAUGCCUAAAAGUUAAUUACCCGCCAAAUCCAAACUGGAAACAUGCGCUGGCGGAAGUUGACUUUAUUGGUAACGCUAUUUUCAUACCGAGUAUAACUGCAGUACUUCUCGGCCUGGUCAUGGGUGGCUCUCAGUUCUCCUGGGGAUCGUGGCAUAUCAUUGUUCCCUUAGUCUUUGGCUUCUUGGGAUGGGUGGCAUUCCUUAUCUUUGAGUCUUCCACUCGGUUGUGUAAGCAACCAACAAUGCCACCGAGAUUGUUCAAACAUCGCACAUCUGCAGUUAGCUUUGUUCUUAUCUUUCUCGGAUCUAUCAUUAUAACAGCUGCCAAUUACUUUCUUCCUGUGUACUUUCAAGCCGUGAAGAAAGUAUCGCCUCUUGAUUCUGGAGUUUACUAUCUUCCAUUUGCGCUCGCUAUCAUUCCAAUUGGUGGCCUUGGUGCAGGAUUCAUAUCCAAGACCGGCCUCUACAUACCUCUACAUCGGAUCGGAUUUGCAUUGUGUGCCAUCGGGGCAGGACUUUUGUCUACUUUGGCAGCAUCUUCCAACAGCGGCAGUUGGAUUGGGUUCCAAAUCAUUACAUCAAGCGGAGUUGGCCUCAUAUUUACAUCUACCUUGAUCUCUACACUUGCACCGUUAAAAGAAGAAGAUGUAGCUAUUGCUACUGGCGCGUACUCAUUCGUGCGCUCUUUCGGCUUUGUGUGGGGAUCGACCAUUGCUUCAAUUGCAUUCAACAGCCAGAUUAAUAGAUAUCUGGGGAUAGUGGAAGAUGAGGCAGUGCGUGGCUUGAUGGCCAACGGACAGGCAUACGCGUACUCAAACAAGGGCACGAUUAACGCAUUGCCCGCUACCACGCAAUCUCAAGUCAUAGAGGUUUAUGUGAAGGCUCUACGAGUGAUUUGGCUGAUAAUUGCCGCUAUCUCCUGCUUUGGAUUUUUUUGCACACUUGCAGAAAAGCAUGUGGAGUUGAGGAAAGAGAAGAGAAACGAAUUCGGGUUAGCUGAGAAGAAGCCAAAGACCGUUGAUCAAGGAACAGACCAUCUGAUUCAGGUCGGAAAAUCUAACGAAUUAUUGGUGGUAUGA